AUGGAUAUUGACACUAGCAAAUAUUACAUAGAAAAUGAACAGAUCCCAGAAGAUGACAAUGCCUCUUCUAUUGUAUCAGUUAGAAUUGAAGACUUACCACAUUCAUCGAAAGAUGAUGGACUAGACCCGCUGAUUUUAAGAGUUAAAGAGACGAUUACUGACUCAGAGGCAAAGGACAAGUGCAAUGAACUCUCUCCUAAUGUUAAUACGCAGUUUUCUCCUCCUUCUGUUGAUCAGUUUCUCAGAAACUACCUUCAAGAAAAUGGGUUUACUGAGACUCUCAACAUUUAUCAAGCUGAAUGGUUCAAGUUCUUGCACAAAGGUUUAUUAAAUGAAGAAGCUGCUCCAGUUUCUGAUAUUUAUAUAGAAAACAAUGAACUAAGGAAUAUAAUUAAAGAUAUAAGAUCGGAAAACCUGACUUUAAAAACUUCUAUUUCAAAGUUAGAUGACGAACUGAAAAAAGUUAAAAAUGAACGUGACUAUCACAUGAUCAAGCAUAGACAAACCUUGCAAGAUAAGGAAAAGCUACACUGUGACAUAAAAAGAGUAAAAGAACAUUAUGCUGAAUAUGAACCAAUUUUACGAUUAUUACGUCAAAAAUAUGAGACAGCUAUGAAAGAGAAAACAUUGCAUAGAAUUGAACGUGAUAGAGCUAUGAAUCAAGUUGAAGGACUACGACAUGCUUUAAAUUCAUUGCAAAAAUUAGGUAUCACAUCAAAUGAUACAAACGAUAUUGAAAAUAUUGAUCUGGAUCAAAAUAUCACUGAGAAAAAAUUAGAACAUACAAUAAACAGACUGAAUAAAAUAGAAUUAGAUCAAAAAAGUAAAAAGAAUUUUUUAAAAUCAGAAAAAUCUGAUAUUCAUGCCAAGUUUGGAAAUAAUUUAAAAAAGGGUUUAUGUGAACAUACAUUCCUUGGUCAUACACAUUCCAUCAAUCAUGCUAUAUUUAAUCAACAAGGUACUAAUGUGAUAUCAUGCGACAGUGGCGGUGUUAUUCGUUUAUGGGAUCUACGUAAAAUGGAUAAUUUUGCAUUGGAAACCAAUUUACCCAAUACAAUCAAAGCAAAAUUACCUAAUAACAAUAAUAAUAUGCCAACUAAAAGUUUACCGAGUUGUUUUGAUUUGAAUAAAACUCGACAAAUCGAUCGUCCUACUCACCAUCACCAUCAUCAUCAACAACAACACCAACAACAACCAACUCAUCGUCAAAAUCCUACAUCCACACAACAUCCUCAUCAUCAACAACAUGAUAUACAACUUGGUGGUAUAAAUCAAUUGGCUAUUGAUUUAAACAGUGAAUACAUUGUUGCAGCUUGUGAUGAUGCAAAACUUUAUUGUGUUGAAAUAUCAACUGGUCAAAUAUCUACUUUACAAGGACAUGAUAGUUCAAUUCAAUCAAUUGUUUUAGAUUAUGAAUCAGGUUAUCUUUAUUCAGCGUCCAAUGAUCAGAAAAUAUGUUCAUGGAUUUGAAAUAAACAAAUCAAGAUAUACAUUUUUGAAAUUUUUGAUAGAUUUAUACAAAAACAUGAUCAUUUGCUUUUUUCCUUUUCAUAAAAAG